AUGGAGACUUCCCAGUCUCAAGGGCCAGUCCCCGUGACCGACCCUGCCCAAAGCAAAGAGCCACCACUGCCGAUCAAGGAAUGUCAAGCCUCCGAGACAGACUCCAACAUCAACCUGGUGACCUGGGACGGCGAAGAUGAUCCCGACAACCCGAAGAACUGGUCGUUCAAGAUGCGAUGGAGGAUGACCGCCAUCGCCUCAACCUUUGCCUUCAUCUCGCCCAUCUCCACCUCCAUGACCGCUCCAGCCUUGAGCACGAUCGCGAAAGACCUGCACAUCCACCAUGCCUUCGAGCAGACGAUGAGCCUGUCGAUCUUCCUCCUGGCAUACGCCUUCGGGCCCCUAUUCUCCGCCCCAAUGUCUGAGGUCUAUGGGAGGCGCGUCAUCCUGCAGGGAUUCAAUCUGAUCUAUCUCGCCUUCAAUACCGCGUGUGGGUUUGCACAAACAGGGCCCCAGCUGAUUGUCUGUCGGUUCUUUGCUGGGUUUGGAGGGAGUGCGGCAAGUGUGAUCGCUUCUGGCAUUCUCGGGGAUCUGUGGCGCAAAGAAGAGCGAGGAUUGUCCGUCAGUAUCUACACCAUGGUCACGCUGCUGGGACCAACCCUAGGCCCUCUGCUAGGUGGAUUUAUCACUCAGUACAGCUCCUGGCGCUGGACCUUCUGGAGCGUGAGCAUUGCCGAUGGUCUGUUUCAACUCAUCGCCACCUUUUUCUUCCAAGAGACCUACGCUCCGGUGCUGCUGGGUCGCAAAGCAGCCCGACUACGCAAGGAGACAGGCAACACGUCCCUCCGCACCAAAUGGGAGGAAGACGACCUGAGUCUGCGCAAAAAACUGCGGGUUGCCUGCACCCGGCCGUAUAUUCUGCUGGCCACGCAGCCCAUCUUCCAGGUGCUGACCCUGUACAUUUCCUACUUGUUCGGGCUGGUCUACCUGGCGCUGGCGACCUUUGCCGAGCUCUGGACCACCCAGUACCGCCAGUCGAUCAGCAUCGCUGGCUUGAACUAUCUGGGGUUGGCCGUGGGGUACAUCAUUGGCACCCAAUCCUGCGCCAUGCUGAUCGGCAUCGUCUACCGCCGGUUGGUGGCGGGCAACAAUGCCACCGCCCAGCCCGAGUUCCGUCUCCCGCUGCUGCUGCCCGGUGCCCUAAUGGUCCCGGUCGGACUGCUGUGGUAUGGCUGGAGUGCGCAGCAUCAUUUGCACUGGAUCAUGCCGGACAUCGGCAUUGCGCUGUUUGCCAUCGGGGUCAAGUAUGGCACGCAGUGCACCCAACUGUAUGCCUUGGAUGUGUAUCCCACCUACGCCGCGUCGGCGAGUGCGGGGGCGCAGUCGUUGCGCUCGCUGGCGGGGUUUACUUUCCCGCUGUUUGCCCCGUAUCUCUAUGACAAGCUGCACUACGGUUGGGGAAACUCGGUGCUUGCUUUGGUCGGAUUCGUGAUCGGGGUGCCCGCCCCGAUUCUGUUGUGGAUUUACGGGCCGGCGUUGCGCAGGAGAAGCCAGUACGCCACUGGGGUGUAG